AAACGGUUUAUAACAAUAAUAAAAGAAAAAAAAAAAACUUUAUUUUUUUGUAACAAUAAUCUUAAUAGAAAAAUAUUGCACUAUAACGGGAUUUUGGUGAAAAUACUGCCUGCUAAUAAACAUUAGCAGUCGCAGUUGCCUGCCUAAAUUCCAACGUUCCAAUUGUCGCUUUGGAAUGUUAAAUGCGGUGAGUUCUGUUUAUGGUCGUAGCAGAAGUAGCAGCGGUAGCAGCAAUAGUUUUCGUAUUCGUACUCGUUUGAAGGAGCACUCAGAGCAAGGAUUAAUACUGUAUUGUGCAGAUCAUGGCGAAUUUAAAUUUUCAACAACCCCCACGAAGCAUAUCAAAUGCCUCUCUGACGGGCAGAACUACAGGCGGUUUUGGUGGUAGCUCGUUAUCUGGUCAUGUAACACCUACGUCAGGCAUGUUUCCAAGCGGUAAAUAUCCUACAUGGGGAGCGAGUUAUGGUCAAACGCAACAACCUCAAUUAUCACCGAAUCGAAAUGCGCAACUGUCGGUUGCCGGUCCUGCAUUAUCAAGUGGCAGUCGUGGAGUUUUCAAUCAAAGGCCAUACGUCGAGAGACGUAUGCAGGGAUUAGGGGGACCUAUGUCGAAUAUGGGCAAUUUUAUGCAAGCGAGUCGCGGUUACGGCACAACAACCAGUGGUGGCGGUUCCGCAGCUGGUCCAAUAAAUAAUUUCCAUAAUGUAUUUGGCGGUAGCGGGGAUACAACAACGCCGGCCUUACUCGAUCCCUCGGAGUUUCCAUCUCUGACGAAUGCACGCGGCCAGAAUGAUCAAUCACUGCCUCAGACGAAUCCCCUCCAGCCGCCGGGCAGCAAACCUUAUGGUAAUUUCUUUACCUCUUUUGGCAUGGUAAAACAACCGACUUCGGAGCAAUCGGAGUUUACAAUGUCCAAUGAAGAUUUCCCUGCGCUACCUGGCACUCAAAACUCAGAUGGCACAACGAACUCGGGAGCACUAACAGAUACGAACAAUCUGGACGGCACGGAAAAAACGAUGAAUUCAAUUGUAGCGAAUAGCGGGUUAGGAGCUGUGGGCAGUGGUACAGUGGGUUCGUCAAGCGGAAGCGGCAGCAGUGGUGGCGGUGCCGUCGGUGUGUCGAGCAGUGCAGCGCCCGGUAAUAGUGGUGUAAUCGGGGGCGGUUUGGUUUCUGGAGCAACGGGUGUGAGUAGCGGUAGUGGUAGUGGGGGUUCAAUCGGUAGUGGUAACAUCGUUGAACAGCAACAACAGCAGCAGCAGCAGCAGCAGCAACAACAACAAAAGCAUCCGAACGAUAAUUCCAGCAAUGAUAAACUUAUUAAAAGCGGUGUGCAAACAUCCCCAGAUGGCAAAGUCACAAAUAUCCCAGCGAGUAUGGUAAACAAUCAAUUUGGUAUGGUUGGUUUGUUAACAUUUAUACGAGCCGCAGAAUCCGAUCCAAAUCUGGUAACUUUAGCGUUAGGCACUGAUUUGACGGGUUUAGGUUUAAAUCUAAAUUCUCAAGAAAGUUUACAUCCAACAUUCGCCGGGCCGUUUGCAGACCAUCCAUGCAGAGCACAAGAUGUUGAAUACAAUGUGCCACCCGAAUAUUUGAUCAAUUUUGCGAUCAGAGAUAAAUUAUCAUCACCUCUCCUAAAAAAGCUGCAAGAAGAUCUAUUAUUUUUCUUAUUCUAUACGAAUAUUGGCGAUAUCAUGCAACUUAUGGCUGCUGCCGAACUGCAUAGUCGUGAGUGGAGAUAUCAUAUAGAAGAGAAAAUUUGGAUAACUCGAAUUCCUGGCCUAAAUCAAUACGAAAAAAAUGGUACAAAAGAACGUGGCACCUUCUAUUAUUUCGAUGCCCAGAGUUGGAAACGUUUAUCUAAGGUUUUCCAAAUCGAUCCUGAAAAAUUAGAUAAAUGCCCCAAUUUAAGUGCGUUUAUGAACAUAAAUGGACAGUCUGUAUAAUAUUAAUAAAAUCAACAAAUUCUUAAAAAACAAAUCCAAAAAAAUCUUUAAAACAAGCAUUAAAACUUCCU